ACAUCAGACAAGUUCAAGUUUUCGAACCGUAAGCACCAGAUCCAUAAUCAUAAUGUUCAAAUCCGCCGUUGUUAUUCUGGCUAUCGUUGCCUGCGCUGCUGCCAAGCCUGGACUUCUGGGUGCUCCCCUUGCUUACACUGCUCCUCUGGCUUACUCUGCUCCUCUGGCUUACUCAGCUCCUGCUGCCGUGGUAGCUGCUCCCGCUCCAGUUGUGACCGCCACCAGUAGCCAGGUUAUCGCCAGGAACUACAAUGGAAUCGCCGCUGCUCCUGUGAUUGCUCCCGUUGCCGCUCCUGUGGUGGCCAAGUACGCUGCUGCUCCAUUGGCUGCUCCUGUGGUGGCGAAGUACGCGGCUACUCCUCUAGCUGCACCACUGGCCUACUCCUCGCCUUUGGCUUACUCCGCACCACUGAGCUACGCCGUUCCAUCUGCACCGCUCCUUAUCUAAAUUACUAAUCUGUGAUCACAUCGGAGACAACGAUAAUAAAUGGAGAUAUAAUAAGACGUUAUUCUAUUGUUUAUUCUUUUUUAAGCACGCUUCAAAUUAAUAUAUAUUUCAAUACAAAAUUGGCUCUGAAGUUCAGAGUCUGAACGUACACG